UUCAGCUCCAGCUUCUCAGGAGAGAUUCCUUUUGCCAUACGGAUUAAGUCCUAGAACAGCUUUGGCUAUGGCUCAUUUAAUUUAAAUUCAGGCUCUUCCACUAGACACUUCUAGGUGCUUACAAAAGGAGGGCAUAGCAAGGUUUCUUUCAUCAAGGAGUUUAUAAACUUUCUGAGCCUUCCAGACUUAAGUUCAAUGGAGUAUAAAAAGACAACAUAACAGUGCUGAACUGAAAGAAGCCAAGGGCAAAAGUGGCAGAGGCUGUAAAGUACUGAGGCCAGUCCAAGGAGGCAAAAGUUGGUAUUUGUGUCAUUUUCUCCUCUGGAUUGAGGAUUAAAAACCAGCAGCCUGGCAUAAUUUUGCGGUAUCAGACAAGUUGGCCACACGAAGUCCUUCUUUGGACUCUCUCCUCUCUGAGUUUGCUAAGGUUUGUCAAAACUACUAGGUCAAAGUCACAGUUUGUGUUCUGGGACUUAGCACCCGGAGUAUUAUUAAUAUUUGUUUGCAUGAGAGACUUGGAGGAGAAACGAUGUUUUAUGCUAGGCAUCUUAAAUGGAAAGAGGCUCAAAGAGAAGCUUGGCAUGUCCAUUGCAGACAGACUUUCAAACUUGCUCCCUUCGUGAAGAGAACAUGAAUGAGCCUGCCUGAGGAUGCCUUGGUUUUGUAGGAUGAAGAAUGCAAAUGACUGAUUUUUCCUUAGUGGAAGAAUUAAAUUGAGCCAGACCUGGGAUGAGAGGGAACCAGAAAACACUUCAUGUGGGCACAGUUUUUCCAUUACUUUGUAUUUCUUUGCAUCAUUCUGCUCAUCUGGGUAAGUAAACCUCAGCAGACCAAGAACCGAGAGAGAGAAGGUUGGUAGACACUGUUAAAGUUGGGCAUAAAUACGGCAGGAAAGGAAUAACAAAUAUCCUGGUAGACAAGAGGAAGCCAGAAAUUUGGAACCUAAACCAAGGUAUUUCUCACUUGUCAGUGAAAAGAAGGAAGAAUACAUCUGAGACCAGGCGUCCUACAGCUUCUGUGAAAAGUCUCCAUGGUGAAGUCCAGGCUGAGGCUCGCUGGGAACAGUGCACAGUGAAUGUUAAUCCGGAGCUGCUGUGGGCCGAGUGCAUCCACGGGGAGAUGAUUCCUCAUGAAGCGCCUGGAUCCCUGGCUGGAAUCAAAUGUGACUUUCCAUUUAUCAGACUAAAACCAGACCCAGCCAGACAGUGAGACGGCCACCGUGGAGGGGGGACGGCAAAAAUGAAAUCCAACCAAGAGCGGAGCAACGAAUGCCUGCCGCCCAAGAAGCGCGAGAUCCCCGCCACCAGCCGGCCCUCUGAGGAGAAGGCCACCGCCCUGCCCAGCGACAACCACCGGGCAGAGAGCGUGGCAUGGCUCCCCGGCAACCCGGGCGGCCGCAGCCACGGGGGCGGGCGGCACGGGCCAGCGGGGACUUCGGUGGAGCUUGGUUUACAGCAGGGAAUAGGUUUACACAAAUCACUCUCCACGGGCCUGGACUACUCACCGCCCAGCGCUCCCAGGUCGGUGCCCGCGGCCGCCACGCUGCCCACGGCGUAUCCUCCCCCGCAGUCGGGGACCCCAGUGUCCCCCGUGCAGUACGCUCACCUGCCGCACACCUUCCAGUUCAUUGGGUCCUCCCAGUACAGUGGACCCUAUGCCGGCUUCAUCCCUUCGCAGCUGAUCUCGCCCUCGGCCAACCCGGUCACCAGUUCGGUGGCCUCCCCUGCAGGGGCCACCACUCCGUCCCAGCGCUCCCAGCUGGAGGCCUAUUCCACGCUGCUGGCCAACAUGGGCGGCCUGAGCCAGGCGCCGGGACCCAAGGGUGAGCCGCAGCCACCGCACCUGGGCCGCGCCCCCGGCCUCAUCGCCCCGGGGUCCCCGCCUGCCGGCCAGCAGAGCCAGUACAUCCACAUCUCCAGCUCCCCACAGAGCUCCGGCCGCCCGGCCUCCCCCCCGGCCGUCCCGGUCCACCUCCACCCCCAUCAGACGAUGAUGCCGCACACGCUCACCCUCGGGCCCUCGUCCCAGGUGGUCGUGCAGUACACCGACUCCGGGGGCCACUUCGUCCCUCGGGAGCCCGCCAAGAAAGCCGAGAGCGGCCGGCUGCAGCAGGCCAAGGAGGUGCUGAACGGGGAGCUGGAGAAGAGCCGUCGCUACGGGGCUCCGUCCCCGGCCGAGCUGGGGCUGGGCAAGGCGAGCGGCAAGGCGGUGCCUCACCCCUACGAGCCCAGGCACAUGGUGGUCCACCCGAGCCCCGCGGACUACAGCGGCCGGGAGGCCUCGGGGGUGCGGGCCUCUGUGAUGGUCCUGCCCAACAGCUCCACGCCCACGGCCGACCUGGAGGUGCAGCAGGCCACGCACCGCGAGGCCUCACCGUCCACGCUCAACGACAAAGGCGGCCUGCACUUGGGAAAGCCGGGCCACAGGUCCUACGCCCUGUCACCCCACACGGUCAUCCAGACCUCACACAGUGCUUCGGAGCCUCUGCCGGUGGGACUGCCCACCACGGCCUUCUACGCAGGCACACAGCCCCCCGUCAUCGGCUACCUGAGCGGCCAGCAGCAAGCGAUCACCUAUGCCGGCAGCCUGCCGCAGCACCUGGUCAUCCCGGGCACCCAGCCCCUGCUCAUCCCGGUGGGUGGCACUGACAUGGAGGCGUCGGGGGCCGCCUCUGCCAUUGUCACGUCGUCGCCCCACUUCGCUGCAGUGCCUCACACCUUUGUCACCACCGCCCUGCCCAAGACUGAGAACUUCACCCCCGAGGCUCUGGUCACCCCAGCUGCCUACCCAACCAUGGUCCAGGCCCAGAUCCACCUGCCCGUGGUCCAGUCGGUGGCCUCCCCCGCGGCGGCGCCCCCAACCCUGCCGCCCUACUUCAUGAAAGGCUCCAUCAUCCAGUUGGCCAACGGGGAGCUGAAGAAGGUGGAGGACUUGAAGACGGAAGACUUCAUCCAGAGUGCGGAGAUCAGCAAUGACCUCAAAAUCGACUCCAGCACCGUGGAGAGGAUCGAAGACAGCCACAGCCCGGGCGUUGCGGUCAUACAGUUCGCUGUUGGGGAGCACCGAGCACAGGUCAGCGUUGAAGUUCUGGUAGAGUAUCCCUUUUUUGUGUUUGGACAGGGCUGGUCAUCCUGCUGUCCAGAGAGAACCAGCCAGCUCUUCGAUUUGCCGUGUUCUAAACUCUCGGUUGGGGACGUCUGCAUCUCGCUGACCCUCAGGAACCCGAAGAACGGCUCUGUUAAAAAGGGCCAGCCCGUGGAUCCGGCCAGCGUCCUGCUGAAGCACUCGAAGCCCGACAGCCUGACAAGCAGCAGACACAGGUACACCGAGCAGGAGAACGGAAUCGGUCAGGGAAGCGCCCACAUGCUCUCUGAGAACGGCGAACUGAAGUUUCCGGAGAAAAUAGGAUUGCCUGCAGCGGCCUUCCUCCCCAAAAUAGAACCCAGCAAGCCUGCGGCCCCGAGGAAGAGGAGGUGGUCGGCCCCGGAGACCCGCAAACUGGAGAAGUCGGAAGAUGAGCCGCCUUUGACUCUGCCCAAGCCUUCCCUAAUUCCUCAGGAGGUGAAGAUCUGCAUCGAAGGCCGGUCUAACGUGGGCAAGUAAAGGCCAUGCGGGCAAGGCAACGUGGCUGUCCCUUACCAUUUGUAUCGAGAUUACUGUACUGUAGGCUAAAUAACACAGUAUUUACAUGUUAUCCUCUUACUUUAGGUUUCUGUUCUAACUUGUCAGUAGAGUUACAGCAGGUGUGUUGCAGGAGACUGGUGCAUAUGCUUUGUCCGCGAGGUCCGUCUGGAGCAGGCGGGUGGAGGGUGAUCGGAGCGGUGGCGCUCCGGGCACCCUGGGUGGCACGAAUGUGGCUUCACCAGCGCCUGCCUUCUCCAGCAGCACCGGGGCAUCAGAUAGGCACCGAGUCCCUCUAGUUUCCAGGGAAAGUCCAGCAGGAAGGGACCUGCAGGUGCAGGGUGCCUCAGUGGCCAGCGAGGGUCUCUCUUUCUCCGCCUCCCUCUGCCUCCUUCUCUCGCUCUUAGCAUGGGAUCAGGGGUCCAAGCAGUGUCCUCUUGGGGUUCCCACUUGCAAAAUCAACAUCGGGAACCCAGCUUGGGGCAUUGUGGGGAGGUGUCAAAUGGAAAGCUGUUUCAAAGAACAUUUUUCUCUCCAACAUAUUUUACAAUAAAAGCAACUUUUAAUCACAUAGAUAUAUAUUUCCCCCUAUGGGGCCUGACUGCACUGAUAUAUAUAAAAUUUAAAAAAAAAACAGAAGGAGCAACUGCCACAUGUGGGAUUUCAUUUCUGCUUUACUAGUGCAGUGAUAUACAUCACCAGGGUGUCUCGGGCAGGGAGGGAGGCCACGUCGCCCACAUCAGGGGUGGGGGCGGAGGGGAUGCCCAUGCUGGUUUCUGUGCAGUGUUAGGAAAAUCAAUCAGGUUAUUGCAUUGACUUCGCUCCCAAGAGGUAAAUGCAAACUGCCCUUCAGUGAGAGCUAUGGAGCUCUUUGAGUUUGCAAAAUCUUGUCUUUUAACUCUAGUACUGUUUAUAGUUCAUGACUAUGGACAACCUGGGUGCCACCUUUUUCAGAUUCCAGUGUGACACAAGGAAUUAGAUUUUGAAGAUGAGCAUAUAUUACUAUUUUAAAGCACUUACAACGCUGUUCACACUAUCACGAAGCAUCUGGGUCUGUCAUUCAACAAGUACUGUAUCUCACUUUAAACUCUUUGGGAAAGAAAAGAGAAAAAAUAAGUUGCUUUCUUUUUUUUCAACACUGUAACUACAUUUCAGCUUUGCAGAGUUGCUUACGAGCAAGAUAUUGAAAGUUUCAAUGUGGUUUAAAGGGAUGAAUGUGAAUUCUGAAACUAGUAUGUGACAAUAAAUGACCACCAAGUACUACCUGACAGGAGGCACUUGUCACUUUGAUUUUGGAGAAAGAGUUCAAAGGCAUAUGCAGGGUUGGCAGAGAAACUGAGAGGAAAGUGAUGGAGAAAAGAAUGCUCAUUUGUGUCCAGUGUUUUUAAGAUGAACUUUUAAAAGAACCUUGCAAUUUGCACAUCUUGAGUUUAUAAUUUGUGUGAUAUUCCUGCAGUUUUUUAUCCAGUAACAUUGUGGGAAAGGCUUGGGGGACUGAUCGAGCAUAAAUAAAUGUAGCAAAAUUACUUUCUAACCUGCCUAAACUCUAGGCCAUUUUAUAAGGUUAUGUUCCUUUCAAAAUUCAUUUUGGUCUUUUUACUACAUCUGUCACAAAAAGCCAGGUCUUAGCAGGACAACUCUGAAAAUUUUCUUCAGAUUCAUUGAGAGAGUUUUCCAUAAAGACAUUUAUAUGUAAGCAAGUUUUUUUUCUUUUUGAAAAAUAAAACAAUUACUUUAUUAUUGUUAUUAACAUUACUUUUCAGAAUGACUUUUUUUCCCCCCAUUUGAAAUCAAAUCAAAAUUUAAUGUUUGGUACAACCCAGAAAGGGUAUUUCAUAAAGUUUAAACCUUUCAUUCCCAGAGGUCUGAAACAUCAUUUGUGGGUAUUGAGUGCAUCUUAAAGUGCUUUAAACAACAAAAAGUUUUUAAAGUAGGGAGAAGUUUUUAAAUAUUCAUACUUGAGUGACUGCAACUAACCUGAACAAAUACUUAUUUGAUUUUUCAUCUACCAAUGAAAAUAUUACUUCUUCCAUUUCACAGAUUUAAAAAACAAUCUUACUAUCAAUCCACAUGUUGACUCUCCUAAUAUUCAUUUACAUUUAGCUCUCCCCAGGACUAAUGAUGCUAUAAACCAUUUUCUUGGGUGUACCAAAAACAUUUGAAUAGGUUUAGAAUUGUUAGAUUCCUUCCUUGACUUCUCUUCAAUUUCAUUACCCUCUCAGCAGGCUAGCAGAGCUUGAGUGGGCCCAUUCUUAUGGUCAUACUGCUUAUUUAGUGUUGUAUUUUUUUUUUAAUGUUUCUGUUUAGAGAACUUGCUUAAUCUUCCAUAUAUUCUGCUCAGGGCACUUGCAAUUAUUAGGUUUAUUUUUUUGUUUUUUAACCUUUGAUGGUAAGAGGAAUAUGGGGCUGCCACAUAGACUUUGUUCUCAUUCAUACCACUAUUUACAACAGCUCAGAAAAGACACGCCACCUUCUGGCUUACUUUGAGUAUUGAACUGACUAUAUCUGCGAAGCCAACACUAAAACAGGAAAACACAUGGUUUGGAGCAAUAGGAACAUCAUCAUUUUCAUGGUUCUGUUUCAGGUAUAGGAAUUGUAAAAUCAUGGGUUCUUCGCAAACAUUUCUCAAAUUUCAUUCUCUUGCUUUUUUCGCAUGUGCAAUAUUUUCUGUGCCAAUAGUCUGACCAGUAUGCUAUAUAGUUAAAGCUCAUUCCUUUUUGGCUUUUGUCCUUGUUCAGUUGCUUGAUCUUCCCACUUCUGGCCGGGAAAGGGCUGGAGGGAAGAAGCCCGGAGGGAACAGCCCUCCUGCCUGCCUCUCCUCUGCCACGAUGCUGAGCACUGGGGCAGGGAGCCUGCAGGAGCCCUGGUAUCUGUCACCAUGUUGCAGAAAGAGCCAGCUAAGAAGACCUAGUUCCCCAUCACCCCACGAAGUACUGAAUGUGGAGUGUGGAGAGGAAGGAGGCUUGAUUUGUAAGAUGCACCCGGCAGCAAUGUAGGCUGGAAUCAACUCAAUUUCUCAGUCUUUGCUGUGAGUAGGCAGCCCCUCCUUGGGGGCUGUGUCCUGGAGACCUUGAGUGUGGGCAGCAAGUGUGGCCUGUUGUGUGUGCGCGUGCAUUCUGAGCGUGCCAGGUGGAGGGACCACCUGCCGCCCACCGUCACCGCUCCCUUGUGGCAGCUUUCACUCCAAACAGGAAGAACACACAGAAAGCAGGAGCCUCCUGUUGCUGGACACUGGUGAGCCCUCGGCUCCCGAAGCAGCUCUGUCCUCGCGUCUGUGUAGCAAACCUGAAGAAAACAGGGGUAGGAAAUUCUUCGGUGCCGUCAGCAUACAAGGAUCAGCCAUGUGCCUCUGUACCGUGUCCUCUUUGCAAUAUUAACCAAUAGUCAUCUUCUUUCUCCUUUCUUUCCUGUUUUCCAUUUUUUAACUAAUAACAGCAGGCCUUUUGCGUUUACAAUGAAACACAAUCACCAUGAAAUUAGCCAGGGCGAAAAGAAAAAAAAAUAUUAAUAAGAAACCAACAAACAAGAACCUCUUUAUAGGGAUUUCUAAAUAUAUAAAAUGACUGUUCCUUAGAAUGUUUUUGAGAAUCAUUUCAGUUUGUCUGGGCCACAUGAGGGGCAGAGGUGGGGAGGGAGGGGACACAGACGGAUGCCACUUACCUCAAAUCUUCUAAAAGUGGAAAUCCAAAUUGCAUAUUCAUUUGGACUUUCAGGAUAAUUUUCUAUGGUUUGCCCCAAAUCACCCAGUCUGGUUUGGGAUGAUUUGAUUUUGUGGUGGUGGUGGUAGCGGUAGCGGUAGCGGUAGUGGUGGCGGUGGCGGUGGUGGUGGUAACGGUAACGAUCCCAUUUCUAGCUCUCAAUCGUGACCCUGUGUGUUUUCUGUUAGGUGAGUGUGUUGGGUCCUCCCCCACCGGGAAGUGGCAGCAUCCUUCCUCCCCUACAAGGAACUCUGCGGAAACUUUCACACCUCUUACUCAGGGACUGGGCUGGUGUGUGUGUGGAACACUGAGGUGUCCAGCAGCAGCACUUUGACUGCUCUGGAGUAGGGUUGUACAAUUUCAAGGAAUGUUUGGAUUUCCUGCAUCUUGUGGAUUACUCUUUAGAUACCGCAUAGAUUGCAAUAUAAUGCUGCAUGUUCAAAUGAACAGUAGCUCCUAGUAAUCAUAAAAACCCACUCUUUGCACAUAGUUUUGAUCUUUACUGAAAUCUGUUGCCAAAAUUUAUUUUUGUUAUUGUAGCUUUGGAUUUUGUUCUGUUUUUUUUUUUUUUAAGGAAACAAUUGACAAUACCCUUUAACAUUUGUGACUACUAAGGAAACCUAUUUCUUUCAUAGAGUGAAAAAAAAUCUGAGAUGCUUUUGAAGACACUAAUGCCAUGCUAUUUCAGACAUGGGUGAGGAAGCAGCGCUCUUGGGACAGAAAGCCAGGCUCCCUGAGCUGUGCUGGUUGUCAUGGCUACUGUUUCCUGCACCACAAACAGCUCAACAGACUGGUCUGUUCUCUCCUGAAACCCUUCGUGCUUCCGAUGUCCUAGUCACCCUUGAAAUUCCAGGUGAAGACAGGGCCGGCAGUCUUGAUGGCCCAAUCCAGUUUCUUCAGUGGUGAAAUGAAUGACGAGAGAGAAUUACACUUCUGUUGUUGUUGUUGUUUUAAAGUGGAGCGGAGGCCUUUGCUUCCACAUUUGUGUUUUUAACCCAGAAUUUCUGAAAUAGAAAAUUUAAGAACACAUCAAGUAAUAAAUAUACAGAGAAUAUACUUUUUAUAAAGUACAUGCAUAUGCUAUGUUGUGUUGGGUUGGUUCCGCUCUUUUCCAUGGACAGUGUUGUGUUUGUUGCUAGGGAAACUCCAAAUGACUUGUACACCUCUACUCUGGAGCUGAGAUUUCUUUUACAUAGAUGACCUCGCUUCAAAUACGUUACCUUACUGAUAGGACCUUUUCUUGUAGCACUAUACCUUGUAGGAUUUUUUUUUUUCUUUAAUGUUCACCUAAUUGGAGAAGCUGAAGAAAACAAUUUGAAGCACUCACUUGAGAACAGGUAAUGUUUUUUAAAAAAUUGCACAAAAGAAAAAUGAAUGUUGAGAUGAUUCAGUGUUUGAAAGGUAUGGAUAUUUUGAAACGAGCUUCAUACUUUGUAAAAAUCAAAAAAUAAGCAGAGAAGGUUGAAAGUUACAUGGUGGUGUUUUUUUUUUUAUUUUGUAUAUAGAAACUUGUUGCGUCUAAAUGAUCAGAUUUACAUGGUUAUGGCCUGGAAGAAUUGCUGUGUAAAAGGCUCUUAAACUAUACUAUGCUUACUGUUAAGUUUUUGUUACACAUCACCCUCAUUGGAGGGAGGGGAACUCUGUAUUCUGCUGUUGGAGUAUACUGUUCAUUCCUAGGCAAAAAAUACUUCUUGGAGCUCCCUUUUUAGUCUAAACUCUUAAGCCAUUGCAACUUCUUUUUCUUCAGAGAUGAUGUUUGAUAUGUUUAGCACUUCCUGUUCUCUAAACCCAAAGAAUAUAAUCGUGAACAUGAAGUGUUUCGAAAAGGGAUCCUAUCAAACAGGACUCGUGGGGACAAAAACAAUUUUUUAGCCUUCCUCCACACACACCUCAUUUAUAUGGGGAGGGGCGUGCAUGAUUUUCAAUUAAAUGCCUCGUUUUACUUUUGGAUUUUCCUUUAAUAGAGGUCAAAUUGAAUGUGGAGCAAUAUCUCUGAAGUAUCAUAUUCCUGUCCAAACUUUCAAGUUGGGUAGUGGAAUCUGGACAUCUGUGGGGAUAUUAAAACAUUCCCACCUGCAAUUCUUAAAUUCAGAAUCUCCUCCCCUCCCUUGUUGCCAGUGCAACUGUUUUAGUAGCUAACAUUCACCUGUACAGCGGCAGGUGGGACAGUGGCUUCAGUUUUUCAGGUCCCCAGUGACUUACUUGCAUACAGAUGGUUUGACUGUAUUAAAAUUAAGUGCAUUUGGCCAAUAGAUAGUAUCUAUACAAUAACAGUCUACGAAUUCCCAUGACUUUGCUUAUCUGAAAGGAAUCAAGUCUUCCACUGCAGACAGAUUGGAGGCUUCACCCACCCUUGUUUUUCUUUCCCUUCAGUUUGUCUGUUCGUUCGCUGUCUGGAUGGCUAGUGAGCCUGUCUUUUCUGUGGCCAAUCUGAAGGCCUUCGUGGGAAGCGUUGUUUACAGCAAUCCUUACCAAGAUAAUAUACUGUCCUCUGGAAUACCAAGUUGUGGUGACCCUGGCUUACAGCUGUUGUUCCUAAAGAUCUGUUACCAAGAUUGGUCAGUGCAUACGUUUUCUGUACCACUUGUCUUUAAGUUAUUCUGGACCAGGAGUGGGGUCAAUUCUGUAGCCAGUGAAUGCUGAACUCGAUACCUGUGCAGCUGGUUCUGUGAAUACUGCCCUCUUGGCCAGAUUUCUUCCUCUUCAGCCUGCACUGCUCAACAGCAAACCCAGUGAGUGUCAACGGGAAGGAGGUUUCAAAAGAGUCCUGUCAGUAUUUGGGGUCUCCUUCAGAUAAGACCAAGUCCUCAUUAUUUGUCCCAGUAGAUGUUUAACAUCAGGCAAUUCCCAUCAAACUUUCAAUUGAAUGCCUCCCACAGGCCGAGGGAAAAUAGACACCAAAACUUGGGUUGAGGGCACUACCAGACUGGCAUAGCCAGUAUGGAGAACUAGGGAAGGAAUGAUGUUUUGCACCUUAUUGAAAAGAAAAUUUUAAGUGCAUACAUAGUUAAGAGCUUUUAUUGUGACAGGAGAACUUUUUCCAUAUGCGUGCAUACUCUCUGUAAUUCCAGUGUAAAAUAUUGUACUUGCACUAGCUUUUUUAAAACAAAUAUUAAAAAAAAUGGAAGAAUUCAUAUUCUAUUUUCUAAUCGUGGUGUGUCUAUUUGUAGGAUACACUCGAGUCUGUUUAUUGAAUUUUAUGGUCCCUUUCUUUGAUGGUGCUUGCAGGUUUUCUAGGUAGAAAUUAUUUCAUUAUUAUAAAACAAUGUUUGAUUCAAAAUUUGAACAAAAUUGUUUUAAAUAAAUUGUCUGUAUACCAGUACAAGUUUAUUGUUUCAGUAUACUCGUACUAAUAAAAUAACAGUGCCAAUUCCA